AUGGCAGCGAGCGAGGAGCGAUACUCUCCAUCCUCCUGGGACAAUGCCUCCGACAAUCAACACUCCCUACAUCAGCGCAAUGCGUACUCUGUAGUGUCGGGGGAGUCGGUUGCUACGAACGGCGGAAUGCCUCUCUCGCCUACCAAGUCAGAUUCGACACCCCGCUCAAGUGUGGAGUCUCCAGGAAGGUAUUCAAGCUCGCAGAUGCGUGAAGGUGUACAUGCCGGGGCCUCAGAGGGGACGGGUACCAUUGAGAGCGUUGCGCUCGUGGAUCAAGGGUUCGACGAGAGUGUGUUGAGGGCGCUGUGUAAGCUCAAUUGUGGUAUACCUUUACUCAACGACAGGAUCAAGCAGAGUCUUGCAUCAUGUAAGGAGGCUGUUACAUUCUUUAAGAAACGCGCUAUGCUGGAAGAAGAGUACGGACGAAAUUUGCACAAAUUGGCCAGAGCCACCAAUGAUGCGUAUGCUACCAGUGACGGGAAAGCUGGGUCCUAUGUUUCGGCAUGGCAUUCUGCUCUGAGAAACCAUGAACAAAUUGCACAGAACAAGAUGCAAUUUGCCGCGCGUCUGCACGAAAUGUGCGAAGACCUCAAUGUUCUGAUUAAAGAGGUAGACAAAAACAGGAAGGUGUCUAAGGACAUGUCCAACAAGUAUGAGAAAAGUCUAAAUGACUCCACGACAUAUAAGGAGAAGUGCAAAGCAAAGUUUGACGCAACUGCAGAAGAGCUCGAGCGUCUUCUGAUGCAAAAAGAGGGUGAGCCGUACAGGGACACGCCUGUUCAAGGGCGAUCUCCAGGCGGAGUCGGGGGCAAGAGGGCAAUUGGAAAGGCUGUAGCCAAAGGUGGCAUGCUGCUGAAGGGAAGAAAUCCAGGAAACCUUCAACGACAAGAAGAGGAUGUUCGAGCUCGUAUGUCCCGAGAAUCAGAUGCAUUUCGAGAUGCGGCACACAAAACCCAAGGGAUUCGCCAAGAAUACUACAACUUCCAGUACCCACGCCUCCUUCGAGCAUUGAAGGAGUGUGUUGACGAGAUUGACCUUGGUCUGCAGUAUCACCUCAUUCGAUACGGAUUCCUGUGCGAAAGCACUGUUUUACAGGACGGUCUCACGCUGACACCGUUGGACGAAACCGGUAGUUCUCCCGCCUUCUUUUACUUUACGAUGCCGACUGACGAGUGGAUCGAAGCCCCGCCAGGAUUGAAGGCAACUCUAGAAGCAAUUGACAAUCGCACAGACUUCAACACUUACAUGCAGAGUUACUCGUUCACUCACGAAUAUGCGAGCAACCGCGGACCUAGUCGAGAUGAUAGGGAUGACGAUAUACUCCCACCGAUUCCUCCCCCGCGUGUGUAUAACGCGGCACAGAUAACUGACAGAGGCCGGCCGACGUUCGGUGUCGACCUUGCCGAACAGAUGGCAAGGGACGAUGUAGAUGUCCCGCCUAUUGUGGUCAAGUGCUGUGAGGCGCUAGAGAAGUAUGGACUGGAGUCUCAGGGUUUAUACCGCGUCGGCGGCCCGCAAAGUAAGAUCAAUAAGCUAAAGGAAAUGCUUGAUAGAGAUCUUGAAUCAGUGAACUUGGACUUGGAGGAAUGGUCUACUGACACCAGCAAUGUCACGAGUGUCCUGAAGAUGUGGUUCCGAGAGCUACCCGAUCCAUUGUUUACGACGAACUUGCAUCGUGCCUUCAUAGACGCCGCAUAUAUCGAAAACGAGCGAUUGCGACAUAUACGGUUACACGAACGUAUCAACGAACUGCCGGACCCCAAUUAUGCGACGCUGAAAUAUUUCAUGGGCCAUCUCCACAAGGUUACCCAAUAUGAAGCGGUGAACUCGAUGGGAUAUUAUAAUUUAAGUGUUGUAUUCGGCCCAACCCUCUUCGGUCCAGCUCCGCAUAAUCCAAACGAUCAGACGAAUGGUAUUGCCGACGCUAACGCGCAGAACAAGGCGGUUGAGACGAUUUUAGAACACUAUACAGACAUCUUCGUCGACGAGAACGAGGAGGCUUAG